GCCCUUCUCGGCUUUGGUCAAGCUGUUUAAGGACCCCAGGAUGUCCAUGCUUGCCGAGCCCCGGAGGAAACAGAAGUGGUCUGUUGACCCCAGGAACAGCGCCUGGAGUAAAGAUGAGUCCAAAUUUGGUCAGAAGAUGCUGGAGCGAAUGGGCUGGUCCAAGGGCAAGGGCCUGGGCAGAAGUGAGCAGGGCUCCACGGACCAUAUCAAAGUAAAAGUUAAAAACAACAACUAUGGUCUUGGAACCAGCGCCAGCUACGAGGACAACUGGAUCGCUCACCAAGACGAUUUCAACGAGCUUCUUGCUCAACUGAACAACCACCAUGGUCAAAACAACAGCACUGCUCCUAAAGCUCCACCGGAGGAGCCGAAAGGAUUCAGCUUGGAAGAGAAGUCCAAGACUUCCAGAAAGAGGGUCCAUUAUAUGAAGUUCACUAAGGGAAAGGAUCUGUCCUCCCGUACCGAAACCGACCUCAACUGUAUCUUUGGGAAGAGAGGGAGAUCUGCCAAAGAGCAAGAGCAGGAGAGCAGCAGCAGUGAUUCUCAAGGUGAAGCAGAGGAGUCUUUUACUCCUGCCUCUUUUGAACUUGACACAGAGUCCAUCACCAAGACUGUGACAAGCACUCUCAACAUGCAGGAGUAUUUUGCACAGCGAAUGGCUCAGCUUAAGAAGGCUCGUGGACAGGCCCAGAGUACAGCGCCAUCAGUGGAGGCAGAGACCAACGAGACAUCGGGUCCGUCUGAGGAACCCAGUCCCGUCCACAUGAGAAACGACGACUCGGAAGAACCCAAAAAGAAGAAGAAGAAGAAGAAAAAGAAGAGCAAAAAGUCAGCAGAUGAGCUGGAAGUGGCAGAGGAGAACAGUGCUGCUCCUAUCGUAAUAGAAGACGACGACGACGACGACGACCAACAGCAGGAGCAUCUGGGGAAAAAGAAGAAAAAGAGGAAAAUGGUCGAAAACGAAGAAGCUACAAAUGAGAACUGUAGCUCCACUUCUGGUGUGGAACAGAACUACGAGGAGCCGCCGUCCAAGAAGAAGAAGAAGCUUAAAAAACACAAUAAGGAAACUGAGCUACCAAAUGAACAUGGGCCAACGGAGGAUCAGACUGUAGAAUCUGAAGUUGUUCUGAAAAAGAAGAAGAAGAAACAGAGACAGGAGGUGGACGAUGUAGUAAAAGAGGAACAGGAGCUGGUAGAAAAGAAAUCCAAAAAGGACAAGAAAAAGAAAAAGAAACAUCGAGAAUAGGGUGGAAUUAAUAGAGGUGACCUCCAGUUCCACCAGUUGUUCAGGCUUCAGGGAGACGUUGUUCUCAUUGUUAUCCUGUUAUCAUAAACAUGAUCAUGGUGGCACACAUGUAUGGAGUCAUUGCCUUUAUGAGCAAAUCAAAUGCCUUGUGUAUUUAAACAAUCUAAUAACAUGUUCAUGAAGAACAUGUGACUACAGUGAGGAGAAAGGGGUGGUUAAGAAAUUUGAUCACAUUAAAAACCUAGAAGCUGCCCAGUAAAGCCACUGGGAUUACGCCACUGUUGAAGCCGACGGUAAAAUGCCUCAACGUAAAGAAAGAGGUAGACAUUUUGGGAAAUACAUAAUUGUCGUCUUGCUGAAAGUUAGAUAGACGCAUAUCACUCUCAUCUGUACCGUAAAUAUGAAGUUAUGAAAUAGUGUGCAGCUCCACGUAACAACGUCAUUUUUACACUCAGGUUUUUGUAACUUUUAAACAGAGCUAGGCUAGCGGUUUCCCCAUUUCCAGUCCAUAUGCUGAGCUAAGCUAACCAACUUCUGGCUGUAGCUUCAUAUUUAACAGACGAAUGUGAGAGUCGUAUCAAUCUAUACAACUGUAAGCGUAUUUUCCAAGUUUUUGAACUAUUCCUUUAAUCUAUUAGAUGGAUCUGUUUCUCUAUAUGAAUACAAACAUUUAUGAUGUUUGUAUUAUUUUGACCUACUUUUUAAUGAGCCUGUUUGCCCAUAUCUGAGUGCUGGCAUGUGUCUUGUCUUUUUGAAUAAAAAGGGUCCAGAUUGCUAAUUAAAAAAACAAAAAAACAAAAAUGCCAACAAAUGAUUUGGGAAAACUUUUUGCAAUACAACUUUUUUUUCUUUUUUCAAAUACCAUCAUUCUUGCCUUACCAUCUUAUGUGAACCAGCAUUAAGGGUUAUUUAUGCAGUAUUUCACAGUGGGUUUUAUGUUCUUGUCAGCAAUUAGUUGUAGCCAUCCUGGUCCGGUUCUUCAGAUGAUGGAUAUCUUACAAUUCUUCAUUAAUGUGACCCUGAGACAAGUAUACAAUUUAGUAAAAACAACACAGAAAUGAUCUUUUAUAGUUUGACAAAUGUGAACAGAUGCUAUUUGAUGUUUUGCUAGUAAUCUGGAAAACUUGUCUGAUUCAUUUAUGAGCUGUAAGAAAACAGACAAACUUUGGCGCUUUAACAGGUCUUUUAAAAUAAAUCCAACUACUCAUGAA